AUGAACGUUAUCCGUUCCAAACUGAACGAUAUCCGCGAUCGCCUUGCGCCCAUCUCACACGUCUCUACCUUUCGGAAUACAGGACAGGUAACACCUGAAGAAUUUGUGCUUGCAGGAGACUAUCUCGUCUACAAGUUCCCUACCUGGUCAUGGUCCGCCGCUGCGUCUCCGUCAAAGCGUGUCUCCUAUCUGCCGGAGGGGAAGCAGUUUCUGGUUACCCGUGGGGUACCCUGUAACCGCCGGCUGGACGAGAACUUCGCCGGUAGUGCGGGUAAGGGCGCAGAUGUUAUGGUACAGGAUGGGCUGAAGGGUUCGUCCGGAGACGAUGAUGAUGACGGGUGGUUGAAUGCCGGUGGCGACGAGAGGGUGGGUGAGACUGAUCCCAAAGAAGUCAGGACUGUCGAUGAGUCUGGGAAUAUAGGGGAGAAGGAAGACGAAGAUGAAGAGAUUCCUGAUAUGGAUGAUGAAGAGGACGACGAGGAGGCUAUCAUUCGAGAGCCGGCUCUGAAGAGUGGGAAGAAUGCACCACUACGUACCUAUUCGCUUUACAUAACUUAUACCCCCUACUACAAGACCCCUCGUCUCUAUCUAUCAGGCUACGUGGCCGUAUCAGAACCUCUACCGCCUCAUCUGAUGAUGGAAGACAUAGUAGGCGACUACAAGGACAAGACCGUCACCCUAGAGGACUUCCCCUUUUUUGAAGGCGGCGUCAAGAUGGCCAGCGUCCACCCAUGCAAACAUGCAAGCGUCAUGAAAGUCCUUCUCGACCGAGCCGAUGCUGCCCUGAAAAUCCGGCGUGAGAAGCAGUCGAAACGCACCAAGGACAAGGAGAAAGUCGAAGCAGGACUCGAAGGUCUUGUCAGCGAUACGGAGUCCAAGCUGAAGAUAUCGGAUGACAAGGCGAAAGCUGGAAGUAGUGGUAGUAGUGCUGGCGCAGGAGACGAGUGGGAGAUGCUGCAGCAUGAAGAGGACGAUGAGGAUGAUCAACAGGUUGCUAUUCGGGUUGAUCAGUACCUUGUUGUUUUCCUAAAGUUCAUUGCAAGCGUUACCCCAGGCAUCGAGCAUGAUUUCACGAUGGGAGUUUAG